GUGGGUGUGAAAAAGACAUUCAAAAACGUGUGAAUGAAUAAUUGUCUUUAAUUUGUUAAUGUUAUUAAAGAAGAUUUGAGUAAUAUAAACAACUGUGAUAAGGUUGUGAGGCCACUGCAACAUGCCAUCACCUGCGAUGUAUGUGACCGUUGGCAGCAUCGAGUCUGCGAUACAGGUGUUGCAGAAACUGAUAGAAAUAAUGGAAGAGGCGCCGAAAGUCGAAGGUUUUGUGAUGGAUUUUGAAGCAGGUCUAUGGCAGGCCCUCCGCUCCGUUUUCCCGGGUACCCAGCUGAAGGGAUGCGCAUUUCAUUGGUGCCAGGCUGUUCUGCGCCACGUCCAGCACCUGGGGCUAAAGGCAACUUAUGAGCGGAGAGAGGGAGCCCACCAGCUCAUCAGGAAGCUGUUAGUCCUUCCAUUUCUUCCGGGACAACACAUAGAGCGCGCCUUCAUUAAGCUUAAAGACCGGGCAGAGGGGAGUUCGGACCAGAUGAAGGAACUCUUCACGUACGUUGAAGAUCAGUGGAUGGAGAGCUCCCUCUGGAGCACCACUGAGUGGUCUGUGUACCGACAGACGAUACGAACCAACAAUUACACCGAAGGAUGGCAUCGCCGGUUGAACUUUUCUGCCGGUCGGUCAACCCUGCAGUUUUACGUUUUGCUGAGUUUGCUGCUGAGGGAAUCCAAAAUGGUGAAUGUAACACAUCAACUGGUGUCGGAGGCAGCCCUUGGCCGUCAGCGUCGAGAGCGCUACAGAGACAUCGACGCCAGGAUCAUGGAUGAGUGGGACUCAUACGAUUCCCAUGAGGUCACCUGCGAAGAGUUCCUCAAAAAUGUUGGUGCCAUCUACGGCGGCCGAUAGGUGUCAAGACUGAUGUUAGACAAUGGACAUGUCAUAUUAUUAGCAACAUAGUUGUGUAUAAUAUUUAAAGAAUAUUUUUAAAAAAAGGUUUAAACAUUCCUUCUUCAAUUCUAUUUCGUUUUAUAAAAAUAUCUCGUGAAUAAAUCUUUACAUGUUUUCAAGUGUACAGAUAUUUUCUUUAAAUCUAUUUUUAUCUAUACCUUUGUAUGCAUGUAUACAUUAUAUUUAGUCA